GCUAAACGUCUCCAAAGAAGCGAGACUGCAGCAGUUUGUUGAUCCUCGGCCUGAAGACAUGUGUACAGGAAAAUGCUCCCGCUGCGUCGCCGUCUCUCUGUACCCGCUGGUGCUUCUCUCCAUCAUCUGCAACAUCGUCCUGUUCUUUCCCGGCUGGGACGUCAAGUACGCCAGAGAGCAUCACCUCACCGCGGAGGUGACCUACAUGGGGGGACUCUUCGGCGGGGGGUUUCUGGUACUGAUCCCAGCACUUUACAUCCACUUGACUGGAGAAGGACAAUGCUGCGGAAAUCGCUUUGGGAUGUUCUUUUCCAUCGCCGCUGCCGCGGUGGGUGUGUUGGGGGCCGGCUACAGUUUCGUCGUGGCCAUCCUUGGCUUGACUAACGGGCCCCUAUGCAAAACCGAUGAGGACGGAUGGACGAGGCCUUUCCUGAACAGUUACAACUCCACCUACCUGACCAACCACACCUCGUGGGCUGCCUGCACAGAGCCCAGCAGGGUGGUGCAGUUCAACACCGGGCUCUUCCUGACGCUGCUUGCAGCCAGCAGCCUGCAGGGGGCGCUCUGCGCCAUUCAGAUGAUCAACGGCCUCGCCGGAUGCUUGUGUGGUGUCUGCAGCAACGAAAAGGAGACAUAAGUUCUCGGUCAUGAGAAGCCUUCUGAUUCUCUCCUGCUUUCUGCAUAAAAAGUGCUUUCAAACUCCUGAUGUUGAGCUGAGAAGCUGAAAACAUGAAUGCAUAAACUGCUCCAGUAUUUUUCCUCACUGCACAAACAAUAUUUGAAUAAAUGCAUGCUAAAAAUUUGAUGUGAAAUAAACUCACGUAAAAAAGAACUGUUAUUGGGUUUGAUUUUCAACACUCUUCAAGCAACUGAACAACAUAAAUCCACUGGAAUGUUAUGCUUCUGAAAAUGACUGUAUGUCAGUUUAAUACUGUUUCGCUUAUCUGGUGACACUUUAAAUCUUCACAUCUUCUCCUUCUUCAAUUAAU